AUGAAGACGGCGGCCUCGAGCGUUUCAGUGCUGGCCAGCGCCCUCCGGGGACUGACGCUGGGCGGAAGCUCAUCGUCGUCGGCGGCACUGCGACAGCUGCGAGCCCCUGUGCAGCAACAGACCCGGAGCCUGGACGUUGCACGCGCUUUCUCGACGACGAGCCCUGUAAUGGGCACAUGGCUCGAGCCCUCGAUCAACCGCCGGAAGAAGAUGGCCAAGGGCCGGCCUCGUGUGGCCACCGGAGGCUCGACAAAAGGCACGACGGUGCAGCAGGGCGACUACGGUCUGCGCAUGGUCGACCAUCACAGGAGGAUCAGCGCCAAGUCGCUCAAGAUGGCCGAGGACACGAUCAAGAACCGUCUUCGUGGAGAGAAGUAUCGUCUCUACAAGCGUAAAAACUGUGACAUUGGUGUCUACGUCAGCGGAAACGAGGUAUGCUUCUCCUUCUCCUUCUCUUUUUUUUUUCAUGGAAAGGGUUCGUUUGACCAUUGGGCUACGAGAAUGGCCGUGAGCCAGAUCCUGUUCGAGAUUCGCGGCAAGGUCCACGAGGCUAUCGUGAGAGAUGCCUUCCGGCUAGCCGGGAACAAGCUCCCCGGUCAGUGGGAGUUUGCCAAGAAGGGAGACGCCCCCGUCGUCGGAAUCACCAAACUCAACGGAGUGACACUCGAGGAGCUCAAGAGGCCGAGAAGGCAGGCUGCGCCCGCCGAGCUGGUUGAGACGUCGCCGGAGACCACGUCGGUCACGGAGCCCGCAAGCGAGGCCGAGGCUUCCAAGUCCAAGUGA